AUGUCGGACGUUCCGGCCUACCUUCGUCUUGGGCUGUACUCCUCCUUUACGAAGUACACAAGAUACUUGUUCACUCUUCGCUCCGUCUCCCAACCGUCAAAAUAUCACACCUUGCUUUUGUUUCGGCUUUCUCCCAAGGAAUGUCGUUCCGACCUCCAACCACCAGUUUCUCAAUCCGACCAAUUGUUUGUCAUGGAAUCGUCUUGCCCUCAUCUAGGCGCUGAUUUAUCCCACGCCGAGAUUGAAGAGUGGGGAGACGAAUCAAUGGUUGCAGUCUGUCCCUGGCAUCGAUACGACUUCGACCUACGGACCGGAAAGAGUGAAACAGGAUUACGCGCUUGCACGUACAGUGUGAAAGUUCUGGACUCGGACACUUCUGGAACAGCCCAGAUAUGGGUUGAGUCGCCUGGUGAAGGUGGUUGGGACAUUGUCGAAAUAAGGCCUGUGUCUGAGGAUUUUGCGGAUCCUCCUUCGGCCAUUUCACGUAACCCGGUGGAAAAUUCUAACAUCACGAGCUCUAGCAGUGUGGCGAUAAGUGAAGAAGCAGAGCCUACCACAUUGUUUGAAUGGGCAGUGCUGAUAUUGAACACUCCUAAUCCGGAGCUGAAGGUCAAGAGAACCCGCGAUGCAGUCCUUGCCUUCCGCACGGGAAAACUUCGAUCCGUUGGCCGUGGGGUGAAGAACAAACCGGUGCCACCCGAUGUUCCCCCUAGAGAGAAAGAUUUAAAUUUUGUUGCACCCGGAAAAGUCACUAGAAGAGGGAAUGGUGGAUCUCUGAAAAGUCGAAUCAUCAUACUCCACGCGCUUGCUAACAUCGAACAAUGGGCGUGGGACAUUAUUGCUCGGUUUGGGGACGAGAAAGUGGCUGGUCAGGCUCUUCCGCAUCAAUUCUUCUCUGACUGGGUGAAAGUAGCCGAAGAUGAGUCCAAACAUUUUAGCCUUCUCCGUCGAAGGCUACAGGAACUCGGCUCAUUUUAUGGCGAGCACACCGUCCACGCGGGGCUUUGGGAGAGUGCUCGGGAUACUGCUCAUUCUUUGCCUGCCCGCUUGUGCAUCAUUCACUUGGUGCAUGAGGCUCGGGGGCUUGAUGUUAAUCCCACAACGAUUGCUAAAUUCCGCGCAGCAGGUGACCAAGAGAGUGUUCGGGUACUAGAAAUCAUACACCAUGAUGAGAUUACGCACGUCACGGCGGGGCAUCGCUGGUUCACGUGGAUAUGUGAGGCACUGGCACUGGAUCCGAUACACGAGUUCCGGGAAAACGUACGGAAAUACUUCAACGGCCUCAUCAGGGGGCCUUUCAACGAAUCAGACCGCAGAUUAGCUGGAAUGACUCCCGAUUACUAUCUGGACCUCAGGGGCGAGGGAGGAGUUUUAGAUCAUAAGAAAGAAGGUCCCGUUACGUACAAUAUAUAA